AUGCUUGGUUUUGCAGUAAAAAGUUUUGAACACUCUAAUCAUCUAGUUUGUAGUGCCAGUGGCCCAUCAGUUAACAAAGCUGUAACGUGUGCGGAAAUAUUGAAACGACAGAUGCCUGAACUUAAACAAGUUACCGGUAUUGGAUAUAGAAAUGUAAGGAUGAUCAAGGAUGAGAUGAUUGAUGGUAAAGUAUCUCAAACAAUUACAACAAGAAGACUACCUUCAAUUCAUAUUCUUUUAUCCAAAAAUCACCUUCAUCCUAGUUUACCUGGAUACCAGGGAGCUGACAAGGUAUCAGAUCAUGUUAAUAGGCCAGUGCCUCGCAGAACAUUUGAAAAAAACGAUUACCGCGGUACUAAGGAAGGUUAA